UCCAGUGGGUUGCUGGUUCAGUCAUUUUGCUGUUUUGCUCUUGGGCAAGGAACUUCUUCCAGUGCUUUUCCUGCUGUGACAAAAGUGACUGAUUUCAUGAAGCGCCAUUCAAUUGCAGACCAGCCAUUUACCAUUCAUUAGGACAACAGAUUGCUCUCCAUUAUUAACUUACAGGGUGGUGAAGGUGAUGUUUACAUCAUUUUCCAGGUGGAGGUCCUUGAUGCCACGACAAAGGAGCAGCUUUGUUUUUUAGAUAAGGUAUGCCGACCGAUUUUGGCAUGAACUGACAUACAAGCAUCAGAGUUUAAAUAAUUGCAAGACUCAUGGGUAUUAAUUCAAUGGGACCAAUACUUUCUGCUUGUAUUCUGAUCAGGUGGAUCCUCACUCUACAAUAGGAGAUAUUAAGAGUCUGUUUUACAAAUCAUGUGAGUUUUUUUAUUAUUAUUAUUAUUAUUAUUAUUAUUAUUAUUAUUAUUUGAAUACCUCUCUCUGUAAAUGGAUUUACUGGACAAAGACGGAGAUUAACACACUUGUUCUGCAUUGAAGUUCCAAUGACCUGAACACACUUGAUAUAAUACCUCUUCCCCGGAGCGGUUUCUUGUUAAAAACAAUUUCCUGUUUGUUUCCUCAAAGCUUUGCAGUGGUUUCUGCCAUAAGCUCGUCUCUGGUCAAGAGAUGUUGCUAAAUGUUUGCCAAGCCUGAGGCUGUCGGCUUCUAUUAGAGCAGAGCAGCUUAACGUUAUUCCAUUGUGGUCAAUUAUUGCAAGGCCUCCAGCCAAAAACUCUUUAUGCAAUGCAACCUCCAUCCAGCCGUUCCUCUGUGUGAAUGUAUACGUACUCUGUGUGUGUGUGUGUAUUUGGUCUGCUCAGAUCCUCAGUGGUACCCAGCAAGACAGGCACUAAGACUUGAUACCAGGGGAAAGUCACUCAGAGAUGAUGAGGUCUUACAAAAUCUACCAGUGGGAACCACUGCCACCAUGUACUUCAAAGAUCUCGGGCCACAGUUAGGUUGGACAACAGUGAGAAGACCACGCUUGGAUUUUACUAUUUUACCUUACUUACAUCCUAACACCAGAGUUAAUACAAGCCUAUUUUGUUUUCAGGUCUUUUUUGCUGAGUAUAUCGGAGUCCUGCUCACAUACCUCGUCUUCUUUUUUCGAGUGCCAUAUAUCUACUCUCACACAUACGCCCUUACCUCCAGUCCCCAUCCUGUUGUUAAACUGGCCUGUGUCUGCCAUACAUUCCACUAUGUGAAGAGGCUAAUGGAGACCAUCUUCGUACAUCGUUUCUCCCAUGGGACAAUGCCACUCCGGACGAUAGUCAAAAACUGUGCCUAUUACUGGGGUUUCUCUGCCUGGUUAGCCUAUUACAUUAACCACCCUCUUUAUACACCUCCAUCAUAUGGAGAACUUCAAGUCAAGUACGCGCUAUUCACAUUUGCGAUGUGUGAAGUGGGCAACCUCUCCAUCCAUAUGAGUCUGAGUAACCUAAGAACAGAUGGGUUCAGAGUGAGAAGGUUUCCUACGCCAACCAAGAACCCCUUUACGUGGUUGUUUUUCUUUGUGUCCUGUCCAAAUUAUACUUAUGAGGUUGGAGCUUGGUUGAGCUUCACAGUCAUGACCCAGUGUCUUCCAGUGGCAAUAUACACUUUGUUCGGGUUCAUUCAGAUGACGAUCUGGGCCAAAGUGAAGCACAGAGCCUACCUACGAGAGUUCAAAGACUACCCAACUGUCCGGAUGGCCAUUAUUCCCCUGAUUCUUUGACAAUUGCUUAGGCUUGUGCUAUUGUUUUCUUGAAUCCAGCACUAUGCAAUUUUAAUACCGAUGGGCUUAAAAGACGCAAUGAUUUAGAAAUGCACUACAGUUGAGCCUUCAAAACCUCCUGAGAACAUUUUCUUUUCUUUUCAGUUUCAGCACACGUGGACAAAAGAUUUUAGCAGUGACAUGAGUGUAACAUUUUACCAUGCAGCUUUAGUUUUUGUGCUAAAAAAAUCAAGCUGUUUAGAUCAUAAUACAGAAUGAACGUUUGUAAACAAAAAAAAAAAAAACACAACAAAAAACACAGUUUAUUACUGCAUUUUCUGCUUGACAAAGAAUUAAUUUUAGUAUAUUCAUAUUAAGCACAGGCGGACACUGUCUAAGUGAUUUCUAUUAAUCCAAAUAUGUCCAACUGAAGUCCUGAAGGGUCAGCGCCCUGCAUGUUUCAUUUGUGCUCCCACGCAAACUCAGAUUCAGCAGCUGAAUUAGCUCCUUUUGAUGCCAUCAAUUUAGGUGGGAACAUACCAGUGAAACGUUUUAUACCAUUUGUGGUGUUUUGAACCAGAGAAACAUCAGCUUGCAGGACUGACUUUCCAACACCAUUAUGUUAACGGAGCCUAAGUAAAUGUAUCACUUUCUCUGUGUUUUAUUUACACUUGUUGCAACAUUUUAUUUAUCUGGCUAGCUUUUUCAGAAAAGCUUGAGGGAGUAUUAUUUUUGCAUCUCUAUCAUAAAACCAGCAAAUUGUUCUCAUUUCAUAAUAAUUCAUCAACUCUCUUUUAAAAAAAUUAAUAAUAAUAAGAUUUUAGGAAUUUUAGCCAGAAUUUUAGUUAGAUAUAAUGAAUGUUCUUUGUAAGUAAGUGCCUAAACAAACUGAUGUUAAGAGUAAGAGUUUAGAAUCGCUUUUGUGCUCUCAGGGGGAAUGCUGCUGGAGCAUUUAGUCAUUAAAUUGUCAAG